AUGUCGAGUCAUCAGUGCACCGAUAACCCGCCUAAUCUGGAUCCAAAUAGCGGGUCGGGUCACGUCGAGAAACUCGGCGGCCUCGACACUUACCUCUCUGGUUCCACUCAUUCAAAGCUUGCCGUUGUUCUCGUCUCUCAUGUCUUCGGAUAUGAAACUCCACAACUGAGGAAACUUGCUGACAAGGUUGCAGAAGCUGGUUUCUAUGCGGUGGAGAAAGGUUUUGAGGACUCAAAGCCAGUAGUUGAGGCAUUGAAGAACAAAGGCAUAACUGCAAUUGGAGCAGCAGGGUUUUGUUGGGGUGCAAAAGUUGCAGUGGAGCUGGCCAAGCAAGAGCUUGUUAAAGCUGUUGUUUUGUUACAUCCUUCUCGUGUUACAGUUGAUGAUAUCAAAGGGGACAAGGUUCCAGUUUCUGUUUUAGGAGCUGAGUUCGAUCAAGUGACUCCUCCAGAGCUUGUGAUGCAAUUCGAAGAUGUUUUAGCUACUAAACCUGAGGUGAAGAGUUUUGUGAAGAUAUUUCCAAGAGUCAAGCACGGUUGGAGUGUUAGGUACAAUGUGAAUGAUCCAUCAGAAGUUGAAGCUGCGGAGGAAGCUCACAAGGACAUGCUUGCUUGGAUCAUCGACCAUGUCAAGUGA